GACUCACAUCCUUGUCGUCCCGUACGAGUUUUUGACGUGAGCGAGUGUUUCGAGAGUUUCGUGGAGUGUCGGAGACUCGGAAGUGAAGUAAAUUGUCGGGCGUUCGUGCCAACAUUUGUCAUCAGUCGGAUGCGAUGUAUUGUGCGAAGUUGUGUCGCGUUUAAUCGUGUUUUGCAUCUUCUCCGUUGCCUCAUAUCCCGAAUUUCCGAUGCAGAAAGAAGAUUAUUGCAAGAAGCAAGUGAAAAUUUUGCGAAGGAAAUGCAGGCUCAAGCUGAAAGAAAAUAUAUGGAUUAUUUUAGAUUGUCACCUCAAUUAUUUGAUGAAUUACUAAAAUUAGUCGGACUUGUUACUAUACCAAAGAACAAGUAAUUCGUGAUCCCAUUUUGCUUGAAACUCGACUAUACAUAACACUACGUUUUUAGCAUCAGGGGAUAGCAUGAAAUCGAUAUCGUAAUGACAAUUAUUUGAUGAAUUAGUAAAAUUAAUAAAUAAAUUAUUUAUUAAUUAAUUAAGUCUUGUUUUUCUUCGUGACAACAUGUGAAAGACGAAUACAUGUGCAAAAAUUAUUCCGCUGAAAAAGAAAACGGCAGAAUCAGCGAAAUGAAGCCGCUAUCAAUCACAAACGUUCCGCAGUUCCGUUCCGCAGUUCCAUUCCGCAUCCCAUCAAUCCCAUGCCAUGUGAGCGCACCCUGAGGUUACCAUGCGAAGUUUGAAUCGGACAGACUAGGAAUUUUUUUCGCUAUAAUUUGGUAUUGCUUCCAAAUUGACUAGGGACGAAGGACAAUCUUGCGGCAAUCAUGCCAUGCGUAUGUAUAUUGCAUAAUGCGCAAUGUUUCCGAACAAGUGGAUGAAUCCGCGAUGCAUGUAAUGCCCGGAUCGUCGGCUUUUCGAGAUCGUUUUACACCUUUGAUUUCUUGACUUACGUCACACGUAUAUUUGCAACGCAUGCACGUGAAAUUUCGUAGAUAUUUUUCAUUAUCUCAGGCGCUGUUAUUCAUCGACGACGGACUACAAUCAGCUACGAUCGCUCCGAUAAAAUGGAGCAAAUCAUAUGUGGAAGAUUUGGCCAUGGAAUUUUACUAGUCGCCAAAACCUCCAGGCAUCCAAUAACAAUUGUUAGCACACGGAAGUUAAUGUCCGGAAAAUUUAGCAGACACUGUAGGCCGUUGCUAGCGUCACCUCAACUAAGACAUUUUGCAAAUCCACAUCGUGGAUAUGCUAUGGUGAUAACAAGGAUAUUAAGAGGAGCGUUAAAAAUUCGAUAUCUUCUCUUAGGAGGUGCAGUCGGUGGUGGCGUUACCUUGCAGAAGAAAUAUGAGCAAUGGAAGGAGGGACUCCCAGAUUUGGAAUGGCUAGAAAAUUUGAUGCCCAGUGAAAAGCAAUGGCAGGACUUCCGCGAAUCGCUUAUGUCGAUUAAGAAUGUAGCCGAUAAAAUUGAAAUCGAUCCACGUAUAAAGGAGUUUGGGGUAACUAAGUAUCGAGAAUACAGAAACUGGUUUGAUCAGAGACUGGAUGACGCUAUUAAGGCAGCAGAAAGUCAAAAUAGCUAUCAAGAGAAUAGCUCAAUACAGAGUGCGUUUGAUACCAUCUCGAUGGUAGCAAAACAAACUUAUUCAGCAGAAACAACAGAGCAGUUGUCCAAAAAUGUGGUUGCCUUUGCACGCCCAUUGGCUAGUGAUAAUAAUACUGACGAGGAACGUAAGAAAGCUCAAUCAUCACAGCAGAGGAUGAACGCCAUGCAGGAUGAGCUGAUGCAGAUGCAAUUAAAGUAUCAGCGCGAAAUAGAGAGAUUAGAAAGGGAAAACAAAGAAUUACGCAAGCAGAUACUUUUACGAGGGAACCAGAAGUUUAACAACAAAAAAAUUAAAAAGUCAUUAAUCGAUAUGUACAGCGAUGUCUUGGAUGAACUUAAUGACUACGAUAGUGCCUAUUCCACUGCUGAUCAUUUACCUAGAGUAGUAGUCGUCGGUGACCAAAGUUCUGGUAAAACAUCUGUGCUUGAAAUGAUAGCUCAAGCAAGGAUAUUCCCAAGAGGCGGAGGUGAAAUGAUGACGAGAGCACCAGUCAAAGUUACAUUGAGCGAAGGUCCUUAUCACAUAGCGCAAUUCAAAGAUAGUUCUAGAGAAUUUGAUCUCACGAAAGAGUCGGAGUUGGCCGAACUUAGACGGGAAGUGGAACUGCGAAUGAAGAAUAGUGUUAAGAAUGGAAAGACAGUCAGCCCUGAUGUCAUUUCCAUGACAGUGAAGGGACCAGGUCUCCAACGUAUGGUUCUAGUCGAUCUACCUGGUAUUAUUAGUACAGUAACCGUUGAUAUGGCAGAAGACACUCGCGAGGCAAUCAAACAGAUGAGUCAGCAGUACAUGAGUAAUCCUAACGCGAUUAUUCUAUGUAUACAAGACGGUUCCGUCGACGCGGAGAGAAGUAACGUGACUGAUCUCGUAGCUCAAAUGGAUCCAUCGGGAAAACGAACAAUCUUCGUUUUAACAAAAGUUGACAUGGCAGAAGAGAAUUUGACUAAUCCUGAAAGGCUGCGUAAAAUACUAUCUGGUAAACUAUUUCCAAUGAAAGCGUUAGGCUAUUUCGCCGUGGUCACUGGUCGCGGCAAGCAGGAAGACAGUAUACAAACGAUCAAGGAUUACGAGGAGAAAUUCUUUAGAAAUUCUAAACUCUUUAAAGAUGGUUUAGCAAUGUCCGGUCAAGUGACCACCAAAAAUUUGAGCCUUGCAGUAGCCGAAUGCUUUUGGAAGAUGGUUCGUGAAACGGUAGAACAACAAGCAGACGCAUUCAAAGCUACUAGAUUCAAUUUGGAGACGGAAUGGAAGAACAAUUUUCCAAGGUUGAGAGAGCUGGAUAGAGAUGAACUUUUUGAAAGAGCACGGGGCGAGAUUUUGGACGAGAUAGUUAACUUGUCCCAAGUGUCACCGAGACACUGGGAGGAAGUAUUGAUGACACGAAAUUGGGAAAAAGUCAGUAUGCACGUUUUCGAGAACAUCUAUUUGCCUGCUGCUCAAAGUGGAAAUCCAAACACAUUCAAUACCACGGUCGACAUUAAGCUCAGACAUUGGGCUGAGCAACAAUUACCUGCGCGUAGCGUCGAAAGUGGAUGGGAGUGUUUGCAACAGGAAUUUCAAAACUUUAUGUCACAGGCUCGACUGAGCCCGGAUCACGACGAUAUUUUUGAUAACCUCAAAAAUGCUGUAGUAAAUGAGGCAAUGCGACGUCAUUCGUGGGAAGAGAAGGCAUCGGAAAUGCUACGCGUUAUCCAACUUAACAUUUUAGAAGAUAGAAGCGUGAAUGAUAAACGUGAAUGGGACCAAGCAGUGCGUUUCUUGGAAACCUCUGUUAAGGAAAAACUGCAGAGUACAGAACAGAUUCUCCGCGAUAUGCUGGGGCCUGAUCGCAAGGAACGGUGGAUGUAUUGGCAGAGUCAAACCGAGGAGCAGCAGAAACGUACGUCAGUCAAAAACGAGCUGGAUAAAAUUCUCUACUCUGAUAAGAAACAUGCACCGACUCUAACACAUGACGAGCUCACAACCGUUAGGAAGAAUUUACAAAGGAACGGAUUAGAGGUUGAUAACGAAUUCAUUCGGGAAACGUGGCAUCCUGUGUACAGGAGAUUUUUCCUACAACAAAGUUUAGCGAGAGCGUAUGAUUGCAGAAAAGGAUAUUAUUUAUACCACACCGGGCAUGAAAACGAAAUGGAAUGUAACGAUGUCGUACUUUUCUGGCGAAUUCAGCAAAUGCUGAAAGUCACUGCGAAUGCACUUAGACAACAGAUUAUGAAUAGAGAAGCUCGGAGGCUAGAUAAAGAAAUCAAGGAAGUUCUUGAAGAUUAUAGUCAAGAUAAUGAAAUUAAACAGAAACUACUCACAGGCAGACGAGUCACAUUAGCAGAGGAACUCAAACGAGUUCGGCAGAUCCAAGAGAAACUAGAAGAAUUUAUUCAAGCACUGAAUAAAGAGAAAUGAGCGUGGUAAAUGGAAUAUCAAUGUUGAGCACUAUAUCGCAUGCAAAGCGAAUCUUCAAUGCAAUUCGCGAUCGAACAAACGAUACAUAGAUGAGGUAUUUAGAGAUUAAUAUCUCGAGGGAAAACGUGAAUACACUUUUCUAUAGUUUAAUUGGAGAAAUCGAUCGUUAAUUGAAGUAGCGAAUUGUUUACAACUCGUCAAGCAUAUUAGUGCGGGCACAUGACAGCCCACAUAAGUGACUGCCGAUGGUCUUAGUCAACUGUUUGUGUAAUUUAUAUAAUAAUAAAUCGAAAUCUCUCCGCUCAGAUACAAUUUAGAUUUGUAAAUAUUAAAUGUGAUUAAAACGGCGAAAAAAGCUUAUCUAUAUACAAAGUAAAAAAAUACAUUUACAUUUCUUAAAAUACAUUUCAAUACAUUUACUUUACAUUUUUUACAAUAUGUUGAGUAAUAGUAUCACAAUUGUUUCCUGAACAAAUCGUAUUUAUACCAAAAUGCAACAGUGUAACACUAUCAUGUUAUGGUUAUAAAUUGAUUGUAUCGCGAGCGAUAAAAUAUUAUUGCAACGCAUUACAAAAAUUAUAAAAAAUAUAUAGGUAGCUAUUUGAAUAAAUUAA